AUGUUGAGUUAUUGUCAAUUGAGUGUUUUUGUGAUCGUUUUGGUUAUUAUGGCCGUGAAUAACGUUAGAUCAGACGAGGUACAAUUCGAUGUUAACUAUGAUGUUACUUGGGGAAAUGACCAUGUUUCAAUCAUCGACCAAGGAAGAGAAGUUCAGCUCUCUAUGGACAGCAAUUCCGGGUCUGGAUUUGGAUCGAAGCUGAUAUACGGGUCCGGGUUCUUUCAUAUGAGGAUCAAGCUGCCCAACAAGAACACUGCUGGAGUUGUUACAGCCUUUUAUCUGUCUUCAAACACGGGUAACCAUGACGAGGUAGACUUUGAAUUCUUAGGCAAUAAAGAAGGAAAACCCAUCAUACUGCAAACGAAUUUGUUUGCAAAUGGGCAAUUGGGAAAUAGAGAGCAAAGGAUACGCCUCUGGUUUGAUCCAACCCAAGAUUUCCACACUUACGUCAUCCUCUGGAACCAGCACCAAAUUGUAUUUUAUGUUGACGAUAUUCCAAUAAGAGUGUUCAAAAACUAUACAGAUAUUGGUGUUCCGUACCCAACACAGCCUAUGCAGAUAUUAAGCAGCAUAUGGGACGGAUCGGAUUGGGCCACAGAUGGAGGGCGGACUAAGGUCGAUUGGGCCUUCGCACCAUUCAUGGCCCAUUUUCAGGACUUCAAUGUUGUGGCCUGCCCAUUAUCAUCCUCAGAAAAUAGAGAGAACUGCUAUGCGUCAAAUUAUUGGUGGAACGACAAAAAAUAUUGGAAAUUAAGCCGUAAUCAGCAAGAGGAAUAUGAGCGAGUGAUGACACAAUAUCUGAAUUAUGAUUAUUGUGAUGAUAGGGAGAGAUUUCCUACUACUCCACCUGAGUGCCCAUAA